AUGGUAUGGGAUAACUUUUUGGGAAGUUUCCGGAAAAUUGCAGGAAGGCUCACCAGUACAGAAGAAGAGACUUUGCAGGAAUGGUACCUUGGGAAGUUGUGCGCAACACGAAAGGAGUUUUGCGGUAGUGGAAGAAAAGCAUUACAGGUGACUUGUGAGAAAACCGGUUAUAAAGAAGCUCAGUGUAGAGGUAUCGUUGAUCAAGUGAUCUCCAAGUUUUGUGAGGAUAAUAAAGACACAGAAGUUUGCAAAAACGAAUCACCCGAGAAGGGCAUCACCGGAGGAAGUUUGGCAGAUGCGGUGACAAAAGCGGCCGCAACAACAAAAGGGAAUAUGAAUAUGAUGUUGAUUGGAGGUGUCGUUGCUGUGAUCCUCUUCCUUGUUAUUGGUGUCGGACUCUAUUUUUUCUGCAUUAACAGCUCUUCCCCACCACCUCCGCCAGCUGCUGCCGCGAAUACGAGAAGUACUCAAUCUGCUCCUAAGAAGAGAAGAAAGAAGCAUAGAAAGAAGAAGACGAAGAAGGAGACAACUUCUGGAGCUGAGUCGACAACGAAGUCGCCUGUCUCAAAAGCAAAGAAGCCGGAAGACAUUGUGUGA